CGCUGGGCACUCAGACCCAGCUCCCAUCAGAACCAUGGAGUCAGGCAGCAUCUUCCUGCUCCUGGGGCUCCUCGCCGUCUGGGCCGAGCUGCAGGCUGUAGCUGGUCAGGGAGAUAAACGUGACAUUUGCCGACUCCCGCCUGAGCAGGGCCCUUGCAAGGGACGGAUCCCUCGCUACUUCUACAACCCGGCCUCCAGGAUGUGUGAAAGCUUCAUCUACGGAGGCUGCAAGGGCAACAAGAACAACUUUAAGACGAAGGCAGAGUGUGUGCGUGCCUGCAGGCCUCCUGAGAGACCCGGGGUUUGCCCCAAGACCUCAGGCCCUGGCAUUUGCCUGCAUGGCUGCGACAGCGACUCUGACUGUAAAGAAGGACAGAAGUGCUGCUUUAAUGGCUGUGGCUACAUCUGCCUGACGGUGGCUCCAUCAGGGUCUCCCUGACUCCCGUCUGCCAGGACGAGCUGCCUCAGCCCACAGGCCAAUUGCCAAGAUCGGAUCAGCCCGAAGACAAAGCCCCAACCCCCAGGGUCUCUCCCCCAUCCCUGGUGCUCUUGCCAGGAGAACAGGUCGAGGUUUCCUGGGAUUCCUUCUCUUCCUCAAUAAACAUUUCCUGAUGU